GAUUCUCACGUCACCAUGUCACCACCUAACGCCAUCACUCCUCCCCCCCCGACCCCACGAGCCCCGCCAUAUGACUCCUACGUUUCCCAGGAGACGGGCGCGCACAAAAACCUCUUUUUCUCCCAUUUUUUCCAGGCAAAGAAAAUGCAACAAAAAUCCAGGUCGCCGCCGGCGGAAACUCCGGUCUACCUGCCUCCAACCCCUGAAUUUCCGUCGACCGACGCCGGCAAUGUAACCGGCAAUCCCAACGGCUCCUCCCUCUUUGACUGGUCUGAUUUUCUUGAUUUCGACAUGGAUGAUAACUUAAACCUCGCCUUCGAUCCACAAGUCAUCCACGGACCCGAAUCAGAAUCCGGACAUGAUGUUGACCCGGUCCAACCUCAAAGUCAACAGCCCAGCAACUCAACCAAGGUGAGGAAGAGGGACCCGAGAUUGAUCUGCUCGAAUUUUUUGGCUGGUAGGGUCCCGUGUGCUUGCCCGGAGUUGGAUGAGAAGCUGGAGGAGGAGGCGAGUAGGGAUACUCCGGGUAAGAAGCGGGUUCGGACUGCUAGGAAUCCGGCUGGGGCCACGGCCCGGUGUCAGGUUCCGGAGUGCGAGGCCGAUAUUAGCGAGCUCAAAGGGUACCAUAGGAGGCACCGGAUCUGCUUGCGGUGUGCCAAUGCGAGUACAGUGGUUCUUGAUGGCGAGAGCAAGAGAUAUUGUCAACAAUGUGGAAAGUUUCACAUUUUGUCAGAUUUUGAUGAGGGCAAACGUAGUUGUAGAAGAAAAUUAGAACACCACAAUAGGAGACGUCGACGAAGACCUAAUGUUUCUAAAGGAAGCAUCGAGAAGGAAUCUCAGCAGGUUGUUUUAGUUGACGAUGUCAGCUGCGAUGAUGACACUGGAAAAGAUAGCAUAUGCUUGAGCAGUCAGAUUGCUGAACCAGAAACUUUGUUGGAGUCAGAAGGACACGUAUCGACAAUAAGCUCAGGUCUUGGUUCCCGUGCUAUCCAGAGUGAAAGUUUUUUGUCAUUUGAUGCUUCUGGUGAAACUCAUGUCAAUGGGAAGAAAGAGAAUCCCAAACAGAAAUAUUCUCUAUCCUGUGAGAACAAGAGCACUUUCUCCUCUGUGUGCCCUGCUGGUCGGAUCUCAUUCAAGCUCUACGAUUGGAAUCCUGCAGAGUUUCCUCGACGACUUCGGCAUCAAAUAUUUGAAUGGCUGGCCAGCAUGCCUGUUGAACUAGAGGGGUAUAUCCGCCCAGGUUGUACAAUAUUGACAGCUUUUAUUGCAAUGCCCAAAUUAAUGUGGCUGAAGGUAUUGGAGGAGCCUGCCAAAUGUAUACAAGAACUUCUUGCCUCUCCUGGAAACAUGCUGUCUGGAAGAAUGCAUGUUUAUCUAGAUAACAAGAUAUUUCGUAUCAUUAAAGAUGAUUUUGUAGAGGAAGUAAAGGUGAAGGAAGGAGCUCCAAAGCUUCAUUCUGUUUAUCCAACAUGCUUUGAAGCCGGGAAGCCUAUGGAGUUUGUUGCUUGUGGAACCAAUCUACUUCAACCACAAUUUCGGUUUCUUGUAUCAUUCGGGGGACGGUAUCUGGCAUAUAAUAUUGGUGUUUCGUCGGUGGGCCGUAAGAAAGAAGGGGACACCAACGCUGACCACCAGUUACUGAAGAUAUACGUCCCUCCAACUGACCUCUAUCUUUUUGGCCCUGCAUUUGUAGAGGUUGAGAAUCAGUCUGGUUUAUCGAAUUUCAUUCCUAUUCUUAUUGGGAACAAGGAAGUUUGUGAAGAAAUGGUGUUGUUUCAACAAAAGUUUAAUGCAUCUCAUGGCUCCGAAAAACAACAGUUAUCUUGCCCGAGACCUGCAUGUGAAAUUUUGGCCUCUAGACAAGCCGAGUUCUCAGGGUUUCUCUUGGAAGUAGCAUGGUCACUCAAGAAACCCGUAUCGGAGCAACAGCUGAUGUCUACUCAAGUACAAAGAUUCAACUAUUUACUGAAUUUUCUGAUAGAACGGGAAUCUACCAUCAUUCUGGAUUGUGUGUUGGAUUGCAUGAAAUCUGUAAUGGACAAUAAUUUGGUUGGUAUUUCUGAUGCUGAUAUGAAGUCAUUUCACAGAAAUAUGGAUAAUGCAAGAAAUAUACUUCACCGGAAACUAGAGGAAAAAGAAUAUUUAGUUAUGCAUGCAUUGGAUGGAAAAUUUUCUCGUCAAAGCUCCCAGCGUGAUAGUCGAUUUUCUGUUCCGGCUACUAAUCAGGAUGGCCAUUUGGACAUUUUCCAGGGUCUCGAAAGGACAGAGAAUACGUUGGAGUCGAGAGUAGUUCUACCUUCUCUAGAAGAAAGUGUAACUGUUCCUCUUUUGAAUGGAGAGGUAACGGGCCUAAACCUUAAGGAAAGGCCACGAAAGUCUUGCAGUCGCUUAUUUGCAAGGACAGAUUUGACCUCUCGCCCCUUCAUCUUUGCAAUUGUUGCUGCUGUUGUUUGUUUUGGAAUAUGUGCAGUAGUUCUCCACCCUCAGAAGGUCAGUGAGAUUACUACAACUAUUCGCAGUUGUCUGUUCGACAACUCUUAGUGCCUAACUGGUAUGCAGUAUGAACAAGAUUUUAGCUUUUUUUUGUUCCUUAAUACUGUUCAGUAUUGUACAACCUACCUUACCAAAAAAGGUUACACAAAUUCCGGCAGCUCAGGUGAACUCAUCCGUGAUUGAGCUGAAAGUUACUGGGAAAUGACGUGAAAUAUUAUUGUCCUUGGAAUAACCUUGUAUAACUUGUGAAGAUAAUGUAAUGGUUAAUGGCACACUUGUUUUUGUACAAGAGAAUUAGAUUUGCGUUCAUAAGAUAGCAAUACAAAUAGUUUGCCUGUCUCCAUUUUAGAAGUAUAUGUAAUCCUUUUGUUAGCAGUUGGUGGUCAUAUUUAGUGAUCUAGCACAUGUGAAAUACUUAAUUCAUGAUGUCAAAUGUUACCCUUUUGGUCA